AUGCGGAGGCGAUCCGCAAGAAUGAAGUUCUUGGCCUUUCUGCUGCAUGCUGCUGUGGCAUGGGGAGCCAAGAUUCGACACGGAGAUUACGCAAAGACGACCCCGGCAUACUUGGAAAUUGAGCUGAAAGCUGAGACUUUCGUGAACCCCUUGACGACAGUCGGUGAGCUCGGCGCCGCAAAGCUGUUCGACUCGACCGGCGCAUGCAUUAGCUGCAAGAUGCCGAUGCUUUGGACGCUGCAAGCGGACAAGACCAAGAAGGGCAUCGUGAAUUCCGAAGUCGUCCCGGGCCAGAACAUCAGCUUUCCGGUGAAUCCACUGUCGCCCUACGAUGUUCUGCUGACCUAUCCUGUCAGCGUGCCUCACGACAAGAUGGACUUCAAGCUCCAGAUCCUCUCCUCCGUCGCCGCCGAUGGCGCCAACGCGAGGGAGGAGAGAGACCGGCAAGUGAUCAAUUGGAAGCUGGCAAUGCUCCUGCACUCUACGACCAGGAAGGCCUACAUCAAGACGGAUCUGGACAUGAGGGUGAACUUCACUGGCGUAGUGGCGGGCGAGGCGAGUGCUGGGAUCCCGAAGAGAGCCGAGGACGUUCGAUCCGAUGUCUGCCUCCGUCCAGAUGUGACGAACUACUCGGUCACGGAGGUGAGUAUCAUCAAGAGCCACUUCGCCGUCACCGUGAACUGUGCUCCAGGAUAUAUGGGGAAGCCAGUCGUCAGUAUUUGUCCCGAGGCGAGUAAGCCAUAUGGCCUGGAGGGAUGCAAGUCGGAGAUGUGCGUCGCACCCUCCGUGUCCACGGGCUACAAGGUCUCGAAGGUGAGCCUGGAGAAGGCUAGCUUCAGCGCGACGGUUGAAUGCGAUGAAGGAUUCGUGGGCAAGGCAGUGGUGGCGGCUUGCGGAAAGGAUGGCGAAGCAUUCAUGUUGUCUGGCUGCGAUGGCACCACCACGACCACUACGACUUCGACAAUCACCAGCACCAAAACCACCACCUCGACAACGACGAAGACAUCAACGACUACGACAUCUACAGUGACAACCACGUCCACAACUUCUACGUCCACAACCACAUCUACGAAGACGACCACCUCCACUACAACCAAGACCACGACAACCACAACGACCACCUCGACAACGACAGUGACCUCUACGACGACCAGCACUGUCACCACAACCACGUCCACAUCCACGACCACAAAAACAUCAACAACAACCACUACAACCAGCACAUCAACUAUAACUACAACAGUGACAUCCACAACCAUCACCUCCACAACCACCUCAACUUCAACUACAACAACUUCUACAACAACUGUCACAACCACCACAAAGACAUCCACCACCACGUCAACUUCCACCACUUCAACAUCUACCACCACUGUCACCACGGUCACUAGCACGAGCACUGUGACCACAACCUCGACUUCAACAUCCACUUUGACAACAACAACUACGACGACAGAGACAACUACGAGCACGUCCACAGUGACAACAACGACCUCCACGUCAACAGUGACCACGACUACAGAGACUUCGACAACCACGGUGACAUCCACAACCACAAUCACCUCUACCACUUCUACGUCAACCGAGACGAGCACGAGCACCGUCACAACGACUGAAACUGAGACAAGCACAACCACCAGCACAAGUACAACAACUACGACAGAGACCUCCACGACGACCCAUACCACCACCACCACUUCCACUGUCACUGAAACAAGUACCUCAACCACAACGAGCACGACUACAAUCACGUCAACUUCAACGUUGACGACUACAGGUACGACAACAACCGUCACGGAGACGACCACGUCGACGACAACGGCAACUACCACAACCACCACGAGCACCACAACAACUGAGACCUCUACAACAACUGUGACAUCCACAACCUCCACCUCUACGACGACAACAACAUCGACUACAACUACAACCACAAGCACCACUACAGUUACCUCCACAAGCACGACAACAUCGACAGCCACCACAACCUCAACGACUACCUCAACAAAGACCACGACAACCACGACAUCGACCUCCACGUCCACGACCGUUACAUCUACUUCGACGAGCACGGCCACCACUACCACAACCACGUCGACGACCACAACAACGGAGACAACCACUACCACCACCAGUACUGUGACUACCACUACAGUUACCUCCACAAGCACGACAACAUCGACUACCACCACAACUACAUCGACUGUUACAACGACAACCUCCACAAGCACGACAACCACCACAAAAACAACAACCACGACGACCUCGACCACAACGACCACGACAACAGUUACUACAUUUCAGUCUACGUCUACCAGCACAUCUACAGAGACAUCGACAACCACCGUCACCACUACCACCACUUCUACCGAGACCACUACCACCACAUCCACGUCCACCUCGACUACUACAAAAACCUCCACAGUGACAACAACCACUACAACGACGACCACUGUCACAAGCACCUCCACGACAACCACGACUUCGACCAGCACGACUACGACCACUUCGACCGUAACUUCGACGACUACUACAACAUCGACAACCACGUCGACCUCCACGACGACGGAAACUUCCACGACCACAUCCACAACAACAUCCAUAAUCACAUCGACCAGCACCACCACGACGACCUCGACCACCACAGUUACUACAACCACAAUUACCACGACAAGCACGAGCACUUCGACCACCACCACAACAUCAACUUCUACUACCACGUCCACCACCACCUCAACCACGACGAUCACCUCUACCUCCACCUCCACCUCGACUACUACGACUUCAACCACCACUACAACUUCAACGUCCACGUCCACAACUACUUCCACUACUACCCUCACCACUACUACCAUCACGAGCACAUCGACGACAAGCACUUCCACGACAACGACGACCUCCACCAGCACGUCCACAUCUACAAGCACAACAACUACCACCAUCAAUUAUCCCGAUACAGUUCUCUGCGUUUCCCCAUCGGACACAACCGGGUAUGUCAUCUCGGAAUAUGUUCUCCGAGCGAACUCCUUCGAUGCGGCUGUCGCUUGUGCGUCCGGCUACACCGGAAAGGCCUCCGUGAGAGUCUGCGAGAAUCCCACCGAGGAGGCUCCCACUUCCUACAUCCUCAGCGGCUGCAAAUAA